CAUCGAAUCCUCGCGUCCCGGCUUGUCAUUGGUGGCUCAAGGAGAGGGCGGGACUCGACCGAGAGGAGCCAAUCAGCAGCGGCGCGCUCUACGAUCCUCGUCUCCGCUAUAAAAGCCGCUCCCGUGGUGCGUGGUAACGUCACAAAUCGUUCGUACUUUGUCUUAACAAUGUCUGGACGCGGCAAGACCGGUGGCAAAUCUCGCGCCAAGGCAAAGUCCCGCUCUUCCCGCGCCGGCCUGCAGUUCCCCGUGGGUCGCGUUCACAGGCUGCUCCGCAAGGGCAAUUACGCCCAGCGGGUCGGCGCUGGAGCACCCGUCUACCUGGCCGCCGUGCUCGAGUACCUUUCUGCCGAGAUCCUCGAGCUGGCUGGCAAUGCCGCCCGCGACAACAAGAAGACGAGGAUCAUCCCCCGACACCUGCAGCUCGCCGUGCGAAACGACGAGGAGCUCAACAAGCUCAUGGGCGGCGUGACUAUCGCCCAGGGCGGUGUGCUGCCCAACAUCCAGGCCGUGCUGCUGCCCAAGAAGACCUCUCAGGCAAAGAAGUGAACGCGCCGCCGCCUCUACCACCACAACAACGGCUCUUUUCAGAGCCACCCACUUGCUUGCAAAGAGCUCGGUCAGUCGUACACAGGGGUUUUGUUAUUAAUAAGGACACCGUCGUCGAGUUGCCCUCGUCCCAAAUUGCGCGCAAUUAAACGAAUUCUCUGCUCAUUCCAGAUACCCUUUAUGUCUAAUUUAGGAACGGUAUUUGAGCAGCAUUCCAACAUUGCAUCAAUCAUGGAACAUGGUUUAGAAUAAAUUGAGGUGCCUAUUGGAAGAAAGUAUCGUGUUUUUUUAAAGAAUAAAACUCGCUCUUUUUGAGCGGUCAGAUUACAUAUGAAGAGGAGUCGAAGAAUGGUUCAAGCACUUCAAGGGAUCUGCGAGCCACCCUCACGCACCACGCACCACGCAAACACGACAUCUCCGCUCUCACGACAACACGCACCAAUCAAUCUUAAUUUUUUUUCACACACGCGCGGGAAAUAAGAGCUGGACGGGGGGGUCAGGGGUUAAAGGGCAGUGACGUCACCCGGACCAGGCGUGCUGGACGCGAAUGUGUAUUGGGAGCGGAGAUUGAGGAGUUAAAAGGGGCUGUGGGACGUGUGCCCGGGGUUGGUCUUGGAACGAAUAUUGCUGUGCGUUGGUGAAAACAGGUCCCUGUGGGGUGGGCUGGUAGGACCGAACAAUUGAAUGGCUAUAAUAAAAUGAAAUGGCAAAAAAUGGGCGCCAAUGAGUGGAUGGAAACGUAGACGUAGUGGAACAUAAGAAACAAUAAAGUAGUAGUAACCGUUCUGCAAAAAAAUAAUAGUAUUGCACAAGUAUGUACCUACGUGAGUGCAGCUUGGAGCAGACACAGUGAGUAGUAACAAUCUGCACGAGAUGCAGCGCCGUGGGCCACGCCCCUAUCACUGUUAGCCCCGCCUCCUCGCCCCCGGUACUGUAUUCUCGACUGUAGACUCCGCCCCUUUUCGCCAACGGCCCCUCCCUCCAUCGCGCUAAGCUCCGCCUCCCACCGCUUGACCCCGCCCCGCUCCCCCGUGGCCCCGCUCCGCCCCCGUGGCCCCGCCCUCCACCCGCGUAACCCCGCCCCGCCACCCGUGGCCCCGCCCCAUCUCGGUGUCCCCGCCCAGCC